AUGCCUUCCACAGCUCCGCUCCAACGGCCUAAACAGCCAACGACGAAAAAGGCAGAGAUCCCAAUCAGCUACGAUAUCAACCUCCCAUACCGGGAAUUGGACCGUGAAAUCAAAACGGACUACCCACAAUACAUACCAUCCUGGGAUCCAAUCUGGUUCGAUCCCCUCACGCCCUUCGACUACGAAGACCCAGCUCUUCGAGUCCGUGACAAAACCAAGCCAAACCUGCUCACAGAAACGGCCAAGACGACCGACAUCCAACCUCACCUAGGAACAAUUGUUGAAAACGUCCAGCUAUCUACCUUGACAGACGCCGCAAAGGACGAGCUCGCCCUGCUCAUCGCAGAGCGCAAAGUGGUCGCCUUCCCAGACCAGGACCUCAUCGACGCAGGCCCAGAUGCGCAGGAGGCCUUCAUGCGCCAUUUCGGCAAACCCAACUAUCAGCCCGUGUCCGGGUCGAUGCCCGGCCACCCGGCGUUCCACAUCAUCCACCGCGACGGUAACCGCGAUGAAAUCGCCCGCUUCUUGGAACAGCGCACUACCACAACCCUCUGGCACCAGGAUGUCAGCUACGAGAUCCAACCGCCGGGCUACGUCAUGCUGGGUCUUUUGCAGGGCCCCGAGGUCGGCGGCGAUACCGUCUUCGCCGCGACAGAUAUGGCCUAUAAGCGGCUUUCGCCGGCUGUUACUUCUUUCCUGGAUGGAUUGAAGGUCACACACACUUCGCGGAAAAUGAUUAACCAUUCUCGCUUGACGGGUGGGCUUGUAAGGAAGGAUCCGGUUGAUACCGUCCAUCCGCUUAUACGGGUUCACCCAGUCACUGGGCAGAAGUGCAUAUUCUUGAAUGGGGAGUUUAUUACAAAGAUUAAUGGACUGAAGGAUUCCGAGACGAAGUGGGUGUUGGAGUUCUUGAUGAAUCAUUUGGUUACUGGACAUGAUUUCCAGGCCAGAGUGCGCUGGCAGCCGAGGACUAUAGUUAUGUUUGAUAAUCGGUCGACUAUGCACUCUGCUAUUGUGGAUUACUUGAACGAUGACGGUAGUGCGAAGCCUCGUCAUAUCUUCCGUCUUAUUGCACUGGCUGAGAAGCCUAUUCCAGUGUAUGAGGAUGAAGAUGAGGUGGAGUAG